AUGGACGGAGUCCAUUCGGGUUGUGGCUGGAGUUUUUGGACCCGCUUCUUCGGGGGCGAGGUGUCAUCAGGGGGCGAGGUGUCAUCAGGGGGCGGGGUGACAUCAGGGGGCGGGGUGACAUCAGGGGGCGGGGUGACAUCAGGGGGCGGGGUGACAUCAGAGGGCGGGGUGACAUCAGAAGGCGGGGUGACAUCAGAAGGCGGGGUGACAUCAGAAGGCGGGGUGACAUCAGGGGGCGGGGUGACAUCAGGGGGCGGGAUGACAUCAGAGGGCGGGGUGACAUCAGAGGGCGGGGUGACAUCAGGGGGCGGGGUGACAUCAGAGGGCAGGGUGACAUCAGAGGGCGGGGUGACAUCAGGGGGCGGGGUGACAUCAGGGGGCGGGGUGACAUCAGAGGGCGGGGUGACAUCAGGGGGCGGGGUGACAUCAGAGGGCGGGGUGACAUCAGGGGGCGGGGUGACAUCAGGGGGCGGGGUGACAUCAGGGGGCGGGGUGACAUCAGGGGGCGGGGGACAUCAGAGGGCGGGGUGA